CGGUUUGUGGGAUCAGUCAUGGUGCUGUGUCAAAAACUGCGGGCGUAGUGACGUGCCGAAAUCCUAGUCCUCUGCCACGGCAUUGUAAUAGUAGUGCUUUUCUAAAAUACAGACACCUGGCAACCCUAGAUCACUUUCUUCAAAACUGGCAACCCGGUAGUCUCCGCCUCACCUGUGUGUGUGUGUGUGUGUGUGUGUGUGUGUGUGUGUGUGUGUGUGUGUGUGUGUGUGUGUGUGUGUGUGUGUGUGUGUUUUAAACCCGGACAGUGCUGACACUCCGGUGUGCUCGCGCUCUCAGAGCUGUGCCGUGUAAAGUGAACGAAAGUAACCCCGCUGCGCAAAACAGAUCGGAACCGGAACGUGGACUCGUAGUGGCCUUCACGCAGAUCUGCUGAUCUUCACUGUGAGGUUUUUCCUGAAUGUGGAGCUCCAUGGAAAUCUCUGCUCCAGCGCGUGCGGAAUACUGAACCGGAAGUGUGGAACAGGUAGGUGCUGAUGAUCGGGUGUUAUGGACACACAGAAGAACCAAUGGGAGCAGGGCAGGACUCCACCCUGGCUCAACCUGCGGGCUGAUGGAAGAAGCUCCGCCUCUUCGGGGGCAGAAUCAGACUCGGAGGGCAGCAGCAGCACUGAAAGCGAGGGGCUGAGUCCAGACGUUUUUCCUGUCAGCUGUCUGAGGCCGAAGAGUGGAGUGAAUGCACACCUUCCUCAUCUUAACUCUCUUAGGAGAAGAACAGGCGUCGACUCCCAGGCUCUGACCACGCAACGACGAAUCACAGAGCUUAAUCAGCAGAAGGAGGAGCUAAAGAUAGAGCUGCAUUUAGAGAUUGCACUGUUAGAGGGGGAGCUGCAGACUGAAAGAGAGCGACUGCGCAAACACACAACACAUCUACAGAUACUCCAGGAGUCCAGACAGAAACCUACACACACACAACAGGAGCGAGUAAAGCUGGAGAAGGAGAGGGUAAGGGUGGAGGAAAUGAAGACAAGAUGGAUGGAGAGAGAAAAAUUCACUCAGACAGACAGACCGAGAGACACAGACACACUACUGCAGAUACAACAGGAAAAGGAGAUGUUGGACACUGCAGUCAGAGCUUUUGAGGACUGGGAGUUCCGUGUCCUUGAAUUGGAAAGCAGUGUAGAGGAGGAGAAGAUGAACGGAGAGACAGAGAGAGAAAUCAGCCGAGAACAACACGCCAUAAACACGGCACAGGAGCACGUGAGGCAGUUGAAGCAGCAGCUGAAGGAGAUGGAGAGAGAAAAGGAAAGAGAGAUGAGUUCACUGAGAGAUGAGAAGCGCGAACUCCUGCAUCAAACACACAUGUUUUUGAAAGAGAACCAGCCUGUCACUGAUUGGUCCACCACCACUGGCACUGCCUCAAGUAUGACAUCACGGUCACCCGUUAACAACCACAAAUUAGUGCAGGGUGUGGUGAGUACAAACCGGAGGCGGAGCUCCCAGCGUAGAGGGGCGGAGCGGCCAAUGUCAGUGCAGGGGCUUGUGAGGAAUCCUGACACUUCUCCACUUCCUCACUCCAAACAUAGACUAAGUAAUGGAAAUGCUAAUGCUAACGGCUUCCACACACAAGCAAACAGCAAUAACAGCUCACGUGCAGCUAGCCCAAGUCUGCAUCUAGUCGACCUUGUGGAGAUCGAGAGAAAACUACAGGAAGCGAAAGCAGAGAGGGAACGACUGCUGAAAGAGAGGGAGGAAAGGAGACGUCUCGAUCGAGAAGACAGACAAGACAAACCAAACGAGAAAAAAACCACACACACACACCUACACACACCUGCACACACACAUCUACACACUAACACAGACUCUUGGGUGGAGCAUAAAUUGAGCCACAAUCACAACUCUCCUGAGCAUGGUGUUCCUCUGUUCCUGACUCUGAACUUUGACCUUCGUGCUCAUGUGGAGAGUCUGGGUCAUGGGGUUGCUGGGUGUUUGGGUGUUCGGUUGUUGCCACGGCGAUGUUGCGGUUUCCUGACGAAGCGAGGUGGCCGAGUGAAAACGUGGAGGCGAAGAUGGUUCCUCUUCGACAUGGACCACCGCAGACUGGCUUAUUACACCGAUCAGGAUGAGAAGAAGCUGAAGGGUGUGAUCUACUUCCAGGCCAUAGAAGAGGUUUAUUACGAUCAUCUCCGAACUGCAACAACAUCUCCUCGGCCGAGUCUGACGUUCUGUGUGAAGACGUACGAGCGUCUGUUUUUCCUCGUGGCUCCGAGUGCUGAGAGCAUGCGCAUCUGGAUGGAUGUGAUUGUAACGGCAACAGACGAACACAGUCGCUACUGAACACUGUUUUUCACACACACACACACACACACACACACACACACACACACACACAUAUAUAUAUACACACACCUUUGUUUAGCCUCAGAUCUUACAGACGAGUGUGUUCCAGUGUGUAUUUCACCACAGAACUGUUGUAAGUGUGAGUCCGGUGACGUGUGAUGUCACGUGUCCAUGUUGUGAUUUUUCGCCCAACAGGAAGUGAAGUGUGAACGAGGAUCGUGUUCUUGUGUGUUCAUCUGUAGCAGGUUUAUGGGAUUGUAAAAGUUAUACCUUAUUUAUAAACAUAUGUUCAGAAUGAGGGCGUGUUUUCUCUCCCCUCCCUCUCUCUCUCCCCUCCCCUCCCCUCCCUCUCUCUCUCCCCCUCUCUCUCUCUCUUCCCCUCCCCCUCCCUCUCCAACACACUACAUGGAACUCUAUUUUCUAAUUGCAGAACAUUACGAUGUACAAUGUUUAAUAAAAAAAAAAAAGUAAAUAUUA